GUGCUGGGCGUUAAGUGCCAGGGACGAGGUGUUCAUGAGCGUGUAAAACAUGCUCUUUCCUCACCUACUGCACCUCUAAAAGAAUAGGCAGCUCCAUUGUGAAUUGUCUCUUGUUAUAGGAAAUUAUAUCUAAAAAUUAAUGUGAUGCCUCCUCAUUCUACAAUUCUCAAACAGAUCUCCAAUCUUGAGAUAUAUUCCAUUUUUUUCAAUACCUAAUGGACAUGUUUUUAAAACAAUAAAUGGUCUCAAAGAUCUCUUCCAACAAAAAAACUUUGAAACUUGACUUUAAACCCUCCUACUAGCAGAAUCCAGAAAUUGCAUUUAUGGUUACUGAGUCACUUCCUUGAAAGAAGUACUUUCAGUUUCAUUAGGCUCUGAAGCCAUUACAAAGGUUGCUUAACUUCAAUUAUUUGAUCACUGAGGAAAAUCCAGAAAGCUACACAACACUGAAGGGGUGAAAUCAAAGUCCAGCGAUCCAGCGAAAGAAAAGAGAAGUGACAGAAACAACUUUACCUGGACUGAAGAUAAAAGCACAGACAAGAGAACAAUGCCCUGGACAUGGCUCCAGAGAUCCACAUGACAGGCCCAAUGUGCCUCAUUGAGAACACUAACAGGGAACUGGUGGCGAAUCCAGAAGCUCUGAAGAUCCUGUCUGCCAUUACACAGCCUGUGGUGGUGGUGGCAAUUGUGGGCCUCUACCGCACAGGAAAAUCCUACCUGAUGAACAAGCUGGCUGGGAAGAAUAAGGGCUGGAGUACAGUGGCAAGAUCUCAGCUCACCACAGUCUUGACUUCCUGGGCUCAAGCAAUCCUCUCACCUCAGCCUCCUGAGUAGGCUUCUCUCUGGGCUCCACAGUGAAAUCUCACACCAAAGGAAUCUGGAUGUGGUGUGUGCCUCACCCCAAGAAGCCAGAACACACCUUAGUCCUGCUUGACACUGAGGGCCUGGGAGAUGUAAAGAAGGGUGACAACCAGAAUGACUCCUGGAUCUUCGCCCUGGCCGUCCUCCUGAGCAGCACCUUCGUGUACAAUAGCAUGGGAACCAUCAACCAGCAGGCUAUGGACCAACUGUACUAUGUGACAGAGCUGACACAUCGAAUCCGAUCAAAAUCCUCACCUAAUGAGAAUGAGAAUGAGGAUUCAGCUGACUUUGUGAGCUUCUUCCCAGACUUUGUGUGGACACUGAGAGAUUUCUCCCUGGACUUGGAAGCAGAUGGACAACCCCUCACACCAGAUGAGUACCUGGAGUAUUCCCUGAAGCUAACACAAGGUACCAGUGAAAAAGAUAAAAAUUUUAAUCUGCCCCGACUCUGUAUCCAGAAGUUCUUCCCAAAGAAAAAAUGUUUUGUCUUCGAUCUGCCCAUUCACCGCAGGAAGCUUGCCCAGCUUGAGAAACUACAAGAUGAAGAGCUGGACCCUGAAUUUGUGCAACAAGUAGCAGACUUCUGUUCCUACAUCUUUAGCAAUUCCAAAACUAAAACUCUUUCAGGAGGCAUCAAGGUCAAUGGGCCUCGUCUAGAGAGCCUAGUGCUGACCUAUAUCGAUGCUAUCAGUAGAGGGGAUCUGCCCUGCAUGGAGAACGCAGUCCUGGCCUUGGCCCAGAUAGAGAACUCAGCCGCAGUGCAAAAGGCUAUUGCCCACUAUGACCAGCAGAUGGGCCAGAAGGUGCAGCUGCCCGCAGAAACCCUCCAGGAGCUGCUGGACCUGCACAGGGUUAGUGAGAGGGAGGCCACUGAAGUCUUUAUGAAGAACUCUUUCAAGGAUGUGGACCAUCUGUUUCAAAAGAAAUUAGCGGCCCAGCUAGACAAAAAGCGGGAUGACUUUUGUAAACAGAAUCAAGAAGCAUCAUCAGAUCGUUGCUCAGCUUUACUUCAGGUCAUUUUCAGUCCUCUAGAAGAAGAAGUGAAGGCGGGAAUUUAUUCGAAACCAGGGGGCUAUCGUCUCUUUAUUCAGAAGCUACAAGACCUGGAGAAAAAGUACUAUGAGGAACCAAGGAAGGGGAUACAGGCUGAAGAGAUUCUGCAGACAUACUUGAAAUCCAAGGAGUCUGUGACCGAUGCAAUUCUACAGACAGACCAGAUUCUCACAGAAAAGGAAAAGGAGAUUGAAGUGGAACGUGUAAAAGCUGAAUCUGCACAGGCUUCAGCAGAAAUGGUGGAGGAAAUGCAAAUAAAGUAUCAGCAGAUGAUGGAAGAGAAAGAGAAGAGUUAUCAAGAACAUGUGAAACAAUUGACUGAGAAGAUGGAGAGGGAGAGGGCCCAGUUGCUGGAAGAGCAAGAGAAGACCCUCACUAGUAAACUUCAGGAACAGGCCCGAGUACUAAAGGAGAGAUGCCAAGGUGAAAGUACCCAACUUCAAAAUGAGAUACAAAAGCUACAGAAGACCCUGAAAAAAAAAACCAAGAGAUAUAUGUCGCAUAAGCUAAAGAUCUAAACAAGAGAGCUUUUCUGUCACCCUAACCCAAGGCAUAACUGAAACAAUUUUAGAAUUUGGAACAAGUGUCACUAUAUUUGAUAAUAAUUAGAUCUUGCAUCAUAACACUAAAAGUUUACAAGAACAUGCAGUUCAAUGAUCAAAAUCAUGUUUUUUCCUUAAAAAGAUUGUAAAUUGUGCAACAAAGAUGCAUUUACCUCUGUACCAACAGAGGAGGGAUCAUGAGUUGCUGCCACUCAGAAGUUUAUUCUUCCAGAUGACCAGUGGAUACUGAGGAAAGUCUUAGGUAAAAAUCUUGGGACAUAUUUGGGCACUGGUUUGGCCAAGUGUACAAUGGGUCCCAAUAUCAGAAACAACCAUCCUAGCUUCCUAGGGAAGACAGUGUACAGUUCUCCAUUAUAUCAAGGCUACAAGGUCUAUGAGCAAUAAUGUGAUUUCUGGACAUUGCCCAUGGAUAAUUCUCACUGAUGGAUCUCAAGCUAAAGCAAACCAUCUUAUACAGAGACCUAGAAUCUUAUAUUUUCCAUAGGAAGGUAAAGAAAUCAUUAGCAAGAGUAGGAAUUGAAUCAUAAACAAAUUGGCUAAUGAAGAAAUCUUUUCUUUCUUGUUCAAUUCAUCUAGAUUAUAACCUUAAUGUGACACCUUAGACCUUUAGACAGUUGACCCUGAAUUAAAUAGUCACAUGGUAACAAUUAUGCACUGUGUAAUUUUAGUAAUGUAUAACAUGCAAUGAUGUACUUUAACUGAAGAUAGAGACUAUGUUAGAAAAUUGAACUAAUUUAAUUAUUUGAUUGUUUUAACCCUAAAGCAUAAGCUAGUCUUUUCCUGAUUCUUAAAGGUCAUACUUGAAAUCCUGCCAAUUUUCCCCAAAGGGAAUAUGGAAUUUUUUUGACUUUCUUUUGAGCAAUAAAAUAAUUGUCUUGCCAUUACUUAGUAUAUGUAGAUUUCAUCCCAAUUGUCAAACAUCCUAGGUAAGUGGUUGACAUUUCUUACAGCAAUUACAGAUUAUUUUUGAACUAGAAAUAAACUAAACUAGAAAUAAAA